AACACGCGCGACAAAUGUCAAUCAACUGGUAUAUAGCGGCUGGACUACCUGCUGCCAGUUGGAAAAAUUCACAGCUCCAAAUCUCGCAAAGUAUACUUCAAUGUCACAGCCGAGCCAAGAUGACCCAGUUGCGGCGCAGGAGCUCGCGGAGCUGUUCUCUGCAAAUUGCAUUACGUUGUCUGUGACGACGUGGGCCAUCUACGAAUAUGUUAUCACCCUUGACCAAGAGUUUUACGCCAUCUGGAAGCGCAAGUUAUCUGCGGCGUCACUUCUACUACUCUCCACACGGAACUGUCUCUCUCAGACAGCGCGUAUCUUGGGUACGCUGUAUCUCUCUAAUCGCUCGACUCGCCGACUUCUGACUUCUGACUUCUACAUAUACAGGUUUGUCAUCGGCACUCGCGUGCCGCUGAUUUUCGCAGAUGCUCUCGUGCUUGUGCUCACUUGGAUCAAGACUUUACGACAGCUCACUGAGGCGCGGAGACUCCGUCUACCAUUAUCCAUCUCCACAUGCCUUCUGCGAGACGGUACCCUCUACUUCUUGAUUCUGCUGGUAGUCAAUAUAGUGCAGAUACUGACUGCGACAACGGUGGCCAUCGCGCCCGUCAGCGCAUUUGUGUCGACCGUGCCGCCGAUCCUCAUUAACCGGUUUAUGCUCAACUUGCGGGGACUGAAUAACUCGCAGCAAAUCUCAACCUUGCCGACUCCUUCCGAGUUUUCUGACCCAGCUUUCAAGAUCAGUCCCAGCAUUGUUGGGAAUAUGGGCGAACCGCUCAAUCAUACUGUCACUGUCCCUGAAGAGGGUAGCUCCUCCUACCAGGGGACAGACGGUGAAAACGAUCCGAAGUAAUCUUCGUAUAAGGUUAUGUCCUGGCCCGCGAGAUAAAAGCCAGGCUGUUUCCUAAGCUUAUAAUAUAUGUAUGAUCGCAGUCUAUGCCGUAUCGCACCCCACGUUCUACCGUGGGUAGUCGGAUCGUGAAGCACUCUUCCACGUGCAUAGGCCUAAGCUCCAAGUUUCCCAAGAGCAGAGCGAAACUUGUCAAUUCCAAUCUUCCGUUAGCCCCGCGUCAAUAUAUAUCUUUCUGGUAGGUGCUAGUUUCUUCUACAAUAGUAGGUGACUGC